AUGGGGGCUGUUCAGGGCUCAGACGGGGCCGAGGAUCGCGAAUACCAGCAGCAGCAGCAGCAGCAGCAAGAGCAGCAGCUGCAGCAGCAGCAGCAGCAGCAGCAGCAACAGCAACAUGACCUGCAGACACAAACUAAACAGGGGGCCCAAACUUCCCUCUGCGACUCACUAGGGGGCAUACAGCCCGGAAACCCACAGCAGCAGCAGCAGCAGCAGCAGCAGCAGCAACUGCUGCCGCAGCAGCAGCAGGAGCUUCAGCAAGUUUCUCCGCCGUUGGUGGAGCCGCAGCGCCCCAGCUCCCACGAACGUGAGCAGCAGCAGCUGCAGCAGCAGCAGCAGCAGCAGCAAUCUUCUUGGGGUUUAGCACCAGGGGGCCCCCUUGGGGCCCCCCAGCAGCAGCCCGGCUGCAGCGUUGACGUGGCUGGGUCGUCACCUGCUUCUGAUCCUGCAGCAGCAGCAGCAGCAGCAGCAACGCCAGCAGCACCAGCAGCAGCAGAACCAGCAGCAGCAGCAGCAGCAGCAGCAGCGCCAGCAAUACAGGAGCCUGCAGCAGCAGCAGCAGCAGCAGCAGCAACGCCAGCAGCACCAGCAGCAGCAGAACCAGCAGCAGCAGCAGCAGCAGCAGCAGCGCCAGCAAUACAGGAGCCUGCAGCAGCAGCAGCACUACCAACAGUAGCAGUGACACCAGCAGCACCCGCAGCCCCAGCAGCAGCAGCAUCCCCAGAAGCAGCGGCACCAGCAGCAGCAGCAGCAGCAGCAGCAGCAGCAGCAGCACCUGAGUCGCGGGGCCGGCUGCGGGCUGAAGGACACAAAGGGGGGAAGCGGCUGCCGCGGGACUGCUCGGGCUCUGUGUCUUGGAGAUUAAGUGAUUCUGUUUUUAGACAAAGAGUUCGAGAGAUUUGUGCUCGUGCUGCAGUUCAUCCUGCUGCUGCUGCUGCUGCUGCUGCUGCUGCUGCUGCUGCUGCGGAGGGCUCCCCGGACGCGGCGGCGGGCGCCAGCGACACGGCCGCGGUGUCGCACCCGCGGCACAGCAGCAGCAGCAGCAGCAGCAGCAGCCUGAGCAGCGGCAGCAGCAGCACGCCGGCGUGCUGCUGCUACCGCAGCAGCAGCAGCAGCCGCGGCAGCAGCAGCAGCACUUUAACUGUCAAGGAACUCAAACAAAGAGCUCUUGAAAUUGAAAAAGGAUCUUCUUCAGCUCUCGAAACUCCAAACCUCCUUGACGAAGUCCAGUACGUGCGCUUCAAGCUCGCCAACAAGGCCCUUUGCAUUUUCCUAGACUACGAUGGCACUCUGACUCCAAUCGUGGCGGACCCGCGCGAGGCCAAAAUGUCUUCGGCGUUUCGCCGGACUUUGAAGAGGCUUUCGGCGGUCUUUCCCGUGGCCAUUGUGACAGUGUUUAGGGUGAAGGGUUUGGGGCUUCUUGGGGGCUUUACGAUUGAAGAUUCGGACUGA